AUGCAGCAGGCACCAUGCCGCCUCUCUCAAGCUCUAUGGUCCGCGUUCCGCGCCGCAAAGCCGGUACAUAGGCCUCGUGCUUUCCCACACCAGAAUUUCCAUCGGCCAAAGCAGCCAUGGGCAGCACAAAGCUCGUCCAUUGUGAGGCAGGCGCGCUUCUACUCGGAAAAGGGCAAGGAGAUCGAGCGGAAAGUCCAAGACGCCAAAGACCGCAUAGAUGACUCGAUCGAGGCACGUGCGGCUGUUGCGGCGGAGUCCAAGACAGAAAUCAAAGAAGACGAUGAAGCUACGAUCAUAAAGACACGACCAGUCUCAUCGUCGAUAGUUGAGCCCCCAGCUACCUCCAGCGGCGCAUCUCCACAAGCUCAGCAGUCCUCACACGAUGCUGGCAGGAGUGCCACUCCUAGCUCGCAAGCAGAUACGACUGCGAACCUGCGAGCACGGUUUGGCGCAUUCAUGGACAACUUCCAGUCACACCUCUUCGUCGCCUCGCGGCGUCUGAACGAUCUCACUGGCUACACGACGAUCGAACAGCUGAAGAAUGACAUUUCGGCACAAGAAUCUUUGGUGCAACGUACCCGUCAAGAGGUCAAGUCUGCUCGUGACGCCUACUCGGCGGCUGUAGCAACCCGGUCUACGACGCAGCGCGAGGUCAAUGACUUGCUACAUCGCAAACACAACUGGUCACCCAAUGAUCUGGAGCGCUUCACAAAUCUGUACCGCAGCGACCACGCGAAUGAGCAGUCCGAGGUUGCUGCGCAGAAGGAAGUUGCAGAUGCCGAGACACGUUAUGAGGAGGCUUCGACGAAACUCGGUCGCGCUAUUCUAGCACGGUAUCAUGAAGAACAGGUCUGGAGCGACAAGAUUCGGCAGAUGAGCACAUGGGGCACCUGGGGUUUGAUGGGCUUGAAUGUACUGUUGUUUGUGGUCUUUCAGAUUCUCAUUGAGCCAUGGCGGCGGAGGCGGCUAGUGAAGGGGUUUGAAGAGAAAGUGGAGGUUGCCUUGCAGGAGCGUGAUGUCCAGCUCGCUGGGCUCAGAAGUUCAGUUGACUCACAUGCUGCUGCGACGGCAGCCGCCACCAGCCCUGGCGCGACAGCGACAUCGACACCGACGAUGGCCCCGUCGCCACCGACAGGAGCGCAAGCUAAAGCCGAAGCUGUCGCUGGAGCGAUCGCAGAACAUAUAGCGGACGCUGUCAGCGGCGCUACGCCACCUUCAUCGUCAACAUCGCAAGCAGACGCCGAAGCAGCGGCAGACGCGGUGGUGGCAAAGGAGAUCGCUGCCGAGCAGCAGCAGCAGAACGGAAACGGCAACGUUGUCUUUGCAUCUAGUGCAUCCGGGUACGCCUACUACGCCGAGGCCUUCCAACAGCUAUGGAGCGAGCAACGGACUCUGGUCGUCACACAGAGGGAGCUGACGACGCAUGUGCUUGAGGGCAUGCUGACGGGCGCGGCGGUGACGGGCCUACUGAUGGCGCUUCUGCGGCCCAGGUGA